AUGACAAACAGAUCCAGUGAUUCCUCAAAUACUCACACCCACCUGCUCUUACACCACCUGCUCUUACACCACCUGCUCUUACACCACCUGCCCUUACCCCACCUGCUCUUACCCCACCUGCCCUUACCCCACCUGCUCUUACCCCACCUACUCUUAACCCUCCUGGCCUUACCCCAACUGCUCUUACCCCACCUGGCAUUACUGCAACCAUUUUUAGUCCACCUGCCCUUAACCCCACCUGCCCUUACCCCACCUGCUCUUAACCCACCUGCCCUUACCCCACCUGCUCUUACCCCACCUGCCCUUACCCCACCUGCCCUUACCCCACCUGCUCUUACCCCACCUGCCCUUACCCCACCUGCUCUUACACCACCUGCCCUUACACCACUUGCUCUUACCCCACCUGCUCUUACCCCACCUGCCCGUACCCCACCUGCUCUUACACCACCUGCCCUUACCCCACCUGCUCUUACCCCACCUGCUCUUACACCACCUGCCCUUACCCCACCUGCUCUUACCCCACCUGCCCUUACACCACUUGCUCUUACCCCACCUGCUCUUACACCACCUGCCCUUACCCCACCUGCUCUUAACCCUCCUGGCCUUACCCCAACUGCUCUUACCCCACCUGGCGUUACUGCAACCACUCUUAGUCCACCUGCCCUUAAUCUCACCUGCACUUACCCCACCUGGCCUUACCCCAGCUGCUCUUACCCCAGCUGCUCUUACCCCAGCUGCUCUUAA